AUGGAUACAUACAAUCUUACAGUAUUGAAUUAUUUCAUUCUAACUGGACUCACAGAUCUCCCUGAGCUUCAGGCCCCUUUAUUUGGACUCUUCUUCAUUAUAUACAUGAUCUCUGUAGUAGGUAAUUUGGGCUUGAUCAUCCUCACCAAAAUAGACUCCAGGCUUCAGAUGCCUAUGUACUUUUUCCUCAGACAGCUGUCUCUCACUGACCUUGGUUAUUCAACUGCUGUGGGGCCUAAAAUGUUAAUAAACCUUGUUUCCGAUGAACCUACAAUUUCCUAUAAUUGGUGCUCAGUCCAGCUGACCUUCUUCAGUGUGUUUAUCACCACUGAAGUUUUCAUUCUGUCAGCCAUGGCCUAUGACCGCUAUGUAGCCAUCUGCCAUCCACUACUAUACACAAUCAUCAUGUCACAAAGAUUAUGCCAUGUUCUGGUGGCAAUACCUUACCUCUAUAGCAAGUUUAUAUCUUUAUUGACCGUUAUCAAGAUUUUUACUUCAUCAUUUUGUGGUCAUCAUAUCAUCAGGCAUUUCUACUGUGACAGUCUGCCAUUGAUAUUGAUGUUAUGUUCAGACACACAUGAAAUUAAGCUGAUAAUUUUAAUCUUUGCAACUUUUAAUUUAAUUUCUUCUCUUAUGGUAGUCUCCAUGUCUUAUAUCUUGAUCCUUGUGUCAAUUCUCAGGAUGAAAUCUUCAGAGGGCAGGCACAAGGCCUUCUCAACCUGUGGUUCUCAUCUGACAGUGAUAGUCAUAUUCUACGGUACUCUAUUUUUCAUGUAUGCACAACCAAAAUCCAUUCACUCCUUUGAGACUGGUCAAAUCGCAUCUUUAUUCUAUACACUGGUUAUCCCCAUGCUGAAUCCUAUGAUCUACAGUUUGAGGAACCAAGAGGUGAAGCAGGCCUUGAAUAGAAAAUGGAAAAUGUGUGUGAAUAUUCUACUUAAGUUGUAA